AAUAAACGAAAAACGGUGAUAAUUUUGAGAUGUUCCAUGCAUAUUAAAUAAGAUUCUUUUUCUCGCAUAUAUAAUUCCUUUUUAUUUUUAUCGAAAAUUACAGGUACAAAAUUGCAAAACAUUAUAUGAUCCUCAAAAAUGGCGCGAAAGUAGUAUCGUAUUAGAAGCGUGUUCAUUUAAGGUGAUUUUUGGCGAUCGCUUGGUACAUAUAUCAAUAUAUACCAGAAUGUUUUCGCGUGUUUUUGUUUUUGUGGUAGAGGCGUGGCUAGCCAUUUUGGUAUUUACUUGGUUGAUACCACGUUAUAUACCGAGCAGGAUAUAUAUUGUUAGUUACUGGUAAGUUGCAAAUACGCGCCAAAUAUAAUACUAUGCUUUUUACAUAUCUAUAUGGGUUAAAUUUAUUUUGAGUAUUUACUCGGUAUUUCAAUCUUGAAUUAAGCGCAAGUUAAGAUGUCAAUUUUUACACUUUUGUAAGUAAUGUUACACUAAACAUGAUUUCUUUAUUUUAUUAUUUGACCCAUUAUUUUGAUUUAAAAAUUUUAUUUGAUUUAUUAUUUAUCAAUUAAAGAUCAUGGAUAAAAGCAGCUUUUUGUUGUGUACCGAUAAUAAUGGGCAACCGAUUUUAGAUGAACAUGGAAAAUACAUAUAUUAUUGCAUAAAAACAGGUACUUUAACAAUCUUAAACCAAUUAUUGGGUGAAGCAUCUAUUGGAAAUAAAGAAACUGCAGUGAAUGAGAGUAUAAGUGAAACUGCAAUGAAUGAAACUGCAAUGAGUGAAAAUACAAAUGAAAAUACAGCGAACAUUUUACAGAUAAAACAGAUAAGAAAGAUACACAAAAAUUGGAAAUGGCAAAUGAAGAUAAAUUUACUCAUGAAAUGACAAUAAAGUUAUUGGAGAUUGUGCAAAUUAAAUUUCGAUAUCUUAAUGAUAAAAUGCAAAAAAAAAUAUGGUCUAAUAUUGCAAUAGGAAUGAAAAUUGUGGCUAUUUGUGUAAUUUUAAUGGAACAAAAAGUGCUGACAAAUGUCAUCAAUGUUAGCGGAACUUGGAGAAAAUGUAUCGCGGACAUUAUCGUUACAUGAAAUCUACUUUCUUGAAAAUAUUGUAUCAGAGGAUGACAAUAUGUUAAACAAUGAUUAUAAUGUAAUAAAUUCGAAUAUUUUUGAGAACGUUAAAAAAUCAGUAAGGCCAAAGAAAGAGAAUUUAAACACGAUUUUAAAAGAGUUACACGCACAAGAAAUACAAAUUGAAAAUGAACGCUUUGAAAAAUUUCAAACUUUGCUAAUAGAGCAAAAUGAGCUAAAAAAAAAACAUUAGAACAGAGUGAAGUUUUUAAAAAUUAUGAAAAAUUUUAUAAGUUCAGGAACACACAAGAAAUCUAAAAAAAAAAGGAAAUAUUCUUCUGACUCUGAUUAAUCGUAUUGCUAUAGUAUAAAUUAUUUACUUUGAAUCAGUUUAAAAAAAGUUAAAAAGUUA